CACAAAAUGAUCUUGGACUAGUGCAACUGUUUAUGCAGACCUGGCGAGAGGACUGGUUAAUGAUCUGCCGAGAGGCCAGGAGGUAUCUCGGGCGCCUGCGCACGCAUCAGUUGACUGCUCGGGGGAAAGAUGAUCGACUCAUCGAUUCCAUAGCGAAGCACAUGCAGCGAUGGACUCACGUUCAGGGAUUACUGGCGGAGCAGCUUAGUCAAGUCCGAGAUUUUGUCGCCCAGUAUCAGCGGUUUAGUGAGACGCGUAGAUUCACCGAGCAGAUGCAGGAUAUGAUCUCUGAGCUUGAACGGGAUAUCUCAGGACAGAUCGACAAGCUGGAGCAGACGGUUCGCGACCUGCUCCAGAUUGAAUUUGCCUGGGUGUCGAUCAACGAAGCGCAUCGCUCGACUAGUUUGGCAACCAGUAUGAAACGACUUAGUUGGAUCACGUUUAUCUUUCUUCCUUUGACUUUCGCCUCUAGCUUAUUUGGUAUGAAUGUGGAUAUCCUGGCAGAUAACCCAUCCUGGCGUUGGUAUCCUCUCAUUGGGGGUGUGCUUCUGCUUCUAUCUGUCGCCAGCUGGGUAUUUUUCAAGUUCAUCAACAUGGAACAAUGGCUGGAGCGUAGAGUUGAGGAUAUGGCUCGCAGCGCAGGUCACUCGAAGAAGGAUCCUUUGUUGGUAUAGUAGAGACCUAUUGUAUUGAUGGAAGCCUCAGGACGACAUGAAGUUCAUUUCCAGACGCGCGCCCGAUCUGAGAUUGAUGCUAAGGAGUUGUAAAAGUCAUGGAGCAAGUGCGUGUGAAUUUCCAAGGUGGGUGGCUCCGCAGCCUUCCUACUGCGAACAAACAGCACAAACAGAGGUGAUGGAUCAGAUCUAUCGAGGCACCAUUCGAUUCAUCCAUCGCUCCUUAUUCCACUUUACAGCCUCAAGAUCAGGAUAUCUUUUGUGUAAAGUCUCCCAGCUUUGGCCUCUAUCUACUCUGAGUUCUUAUGACAAACUAAAUUGCGACACUGAU